GCAACGUUUACUUUUGAUUGUUUGUUUGAUCGAAAUAAUAAAUUAAUACAUAAAAUAAACUAAAAAUAAAUACAUCAUUUUUUGAUAAAGUUACCGUUUUCAAAUCUUGUGUACCAGAAAUUUAAAAAAAAAAACACUAUUUUUUAGUAAAUAUGACAUCUCUCGAAGCUAAGCGCACCCAAUUCCGAAAAUAUUUGGAAAGAAGUGGCGUUGUUGAUGCCCUCAGCAAGUCACUUAUAAAACUUUACGAAGAGCAAAAUAAACCUGACGAUGCAAUUCGUUAUGUACGCAAAUACAUGUGUGAAACGUGUCCAGAUGAUGCUAUGUAUGAAGCUCUUAAAGCUGAGGUUGAAGAAGCUAAUCGCACUAUUAAUCGCCUUGAGCAAGAACUAGAAACGGUGAAAUCAAAAGUGAAACUAACACCCCAUGAAGUAGCAGUACUAAUAGAUAAAGGAUUUAAAGCCCUUAUGGCAGAUGAGGAGUGUGCAGAUUCUCUGUUGCGCAAGCACUUAACAAAAGAAAUUUGUGACGAACUAAAAAAAUUGUUCACCCCAGCACCCGUCGAGGCAAAUCUACUAGAUUGUGUGAAAUCUGGAUUAGAGCACCACUCAUCAUCGGUUGGUAUAUACGCAGCCGAUGCGGCAUCCUAUGAUGUCUAUCGGAGCCUCUUUGAUCCCAUUAUAGUAGAUUACCAUGGGCAGUCUGAAAAUGCAGGCGAAGAACGUCUGCAGAAGGAUUCAAAUUGGGGUGAUAUUGAUGAAAUCGAAAACCUCGAUCCGGAUCACAAGUACAUUGUUUCCACAAGGAUACGCAUUGCUCGCAAUUUGGUGGACCAUCCUUACUUCCCCAAAAUAACCGAAGACCAAUACGUUGAAAUCGAACAAAAGGUUAUUGAAGCAGUUGAGUCGUUGGAUGGUGAACAUGCUGGUGUUUAUUUAUCUCUUAAAGAUCUGGAUGCAGACACCCAAGCAGAAAUGGUUGGUCGAAGGAUUCUAUUUCACAAAGGUGACGAGUUUCUUGCAACCGCUGGUUGCUACCGGUUCUGGCCAACAGGUCGUGGAAUUUUUCACAAUCCAGCUGAAACUUUUUUAGUUUGGGUGAACGAGGAAGAUCAUUUGCGAAUUAUAUCAAAGACUCCGAGUGGUGAUAUAGGUGACGUUUACCAUAGAAUGGUAAAUGGCUUGCGCGAAUUAGAGGAACGUUUGAAUUUUGCUCAUCAUGAUCGCUAUGGUUUCUUAACCGCAUGCCCUAGUAACCUGGGAACUACUUUACGAGCUUCUGUGCAUAUAAGGCUACCAUUGCUUUCAAAAAAUAUGGAUCGAUUGAAAACUCUAUCUGACGAAUUGAAUUUACAAAUUCGUGGAACUGGAGGCGAACACACUGCAAUCGAAGAUGGUAUUAUCGAUAUUUCUAAUAGACGUCGUUUGGGGCACACAGAAUUUGAAUUAGUUAAAUUGUUGCAUGACGGCAUAUCAGAGCUGCUUAAACUCGAACAAGAAGAAGAAAUGAACGAAUAGAAGAUUUUGACGAAACCUUAACGAGAUUCUUGACCAAAAUAUAUUUUACUUUUAGAAAACA